AGAGACUACUUACAAAAUAUCGUCUGCUACCUUUUUCACUUGGAGUACUUGGUAAAAUAUACGGGAAAAGGGUCUGUAGAAUAUGUCGAAUAUUGUGAAGAAAAUUUCAUCAAAGUGGCAGAGUUAUCGGUACAGGUUUGUGCCUUGGGUUGCACUGAAUCUAAGAGAGAGGACAGUGCGAUCAGUUGACGAUGCAAGCCAAGACAGGAUCAUUGAAGACCAUCUGGUGGAGGAAACCUACAGGAAAUUAUUCUCUGCUUUGGAUGACAACCUCCCCAAUCAAGAGGGAAGAGGCAACAAAAUGCAUGAAUUAGAGACAGAGAGCAAUAGACUGGAAAGGUCAAAGGUCAGCGUAGUAGGCAGAAGAUCAGAUCUCCAAGAUGAAAAUGGGAGCAUUAGAUGCUAUCACCAUGAUGACACUGCGACUUCUGAAUCCCAUGAUAAACAAAGUUCAGCUGUGAGGUCACUCUUUCAAAACAUCUUUAAGCUGUUCUGUGAGGAGAAAAGAACAUCAAGAUUGACUUGUAGAGAAAGUGGAGAACUUUGCAAUCUUAAUGACUACCUGGACAAGCAUCAACAACACUUAGCAAAAAGACUGUUACAAUAUUGGAACAUUGGCACAAAUGAACUGUUUGAAGCUGCCUAUAUGGAAGGAGAUUGCAGAGAAAUUUCGGCAAUGAAUGCAUUAUUACUGAGAAAUCAGGUGGAUGGAAGUGCACGGACAAGCAACAGCAUAGUGAAUGACGGUUGUGGCCACCAGCACUACUGUCAUUCUGCUCCACCUUCCUCAUUUUCUCCUCAUCUUCCUCCUCCUUCUCCUCCUCACCAUCAUCAUCAUCAUCAUCAUCAUCAUCAUCAUCAUCAUCAUUCUUUAUGCCACCAUAGUUAUCAGAGCACCAAGAAGUUACUGAAACAGAAAACUAACGCACAAUCUGCUCAACUCAGCCAUCAACUAAGUAUAAGUACCAAUUUUGAACAGAACAAGGAAAACACAUUGGACGGACAAAUGAGUGAAGAUUUAGACCCUGGGGCAACCAUAAUGCACCAGACUCUUGGAUAUGCCAUUGGGCGUCGCCCAAGCCGGAUCGAGGGUGGUGGAGACGGUGUCUUCGUCAAGAAAGGAGUGGUUCCAAAAGGAGUGGUUGUAGCAAUGUACCCAGGUACCGUCUACUACCCAGGUGAGCCCAUUCUCCUUCAGUCCAUCGCCAAUCCUUUCAUCUUCCGUUGCCUUGAUGGUAUACACAUUGAUGGCAAUGACAAGAGACUGUCCAAGAUGAUCUACAGAUCAUGUGCUCGGAGAGACAGACUUGGGCCGUACAUGUUUAGUGACCUUUCAUGGCUGACCUCUUGCCCUUUGAACCCAAUGGCUGUGGGGCAAUAUGUCAACAAUCAACACAAAGGAGCUCCUGCAAAUGUGUGCUACCAAGAGUUUGAUGUGCCUUUGGAUUUUCCAAUAAAACUGAGGAAAUAUAUCCCCAAUGCUUUCUUCGGUACCCUUCCAGAUGUAGGCAAUGCUGGCAGGAACAUGCGAACUGUUGCCCUGGUGUCCGUAAGGGAGAUUCAAUGUGGAGAGGAGUUACUUUCUUCCUACUUUACACUCAUCUAUUAGACAAAAAUUGAGUAAUAACACUCUGCAGACAAUUUGAUCCAACAAAUACCAGUAUACCAGAUUAACGUUGUGUCGGCUCAGUCAGUAGAGCGUCCGCCUCACAACCGGGAGGUCCUGGGUUCGAACCCCGGUCGCGUCAUACCAAAAGACGUUAAAAGACGGGAGUUGCUGCUACCUUGUUUGGCGUUCAACAAUAAGGGAUAGAGCAACGUCGAUCUGGCGCUGCUCAGUGGCUGCAGGGCUCACGAUCAUUUGGGCAAAAAGAGUUUCCAUUUUCGGUUUAACUUAAUAAAAUUUGGAGUAGACUUUAAAAGAUUA